AUGGCGCCGCCGAGGGCUUACGCUUCCGGCGACAAGGAGCGUAGCAAGGCCUCCUUUGUCCGUGAAAUGGGUUCCAAAACCCUUGAUAAUUUCUUGAUGGCGGCUCAAGCGCCAAACGUCGAUCCGGCCGAUAUGACGGAUGUUCUUGACCCUCGAUUUGCAACGCCUUUUAACCGAAUCUAUGAUAUAAACAGACGACUGGAGGCAGUUAGAUUGUAUGGGACUGAGGCGGUGUUUGCCCCCAUGCCCACGUUUUUCAACAGUGACGACAAUCAGCAGCCGCCUGACGGACCUGCAGACGAUGACUUCCAUGAGUACGAGGUUGAUCCUUGGGGGCGCCCAAGGGAAUCAUUGCUGCCAGGGGAAAAUCCAUUUGCCGACCUUCUUGUAACUCGGAACCAAGCCGAUGAUAGAAGGAACACCGACCUUGGAGAGCUCCCACACUUCGGAAAUUUCGGCCCGUACUUUCGAAAAGUGAACGCCGUGGGAAACCUAGCAGGCAAAUUCGUAGCCCCAAAGCAUGUUGGUGCUAGAUACGACAUUACUCCGUUAAUCGACGAGAAGCUGAAAACUGAUCCUUUGGCAUUGAACCCUGAUUUUGACGAUUGGAGGAGAGAAGUCGAGUUUCAAUUUGGAGAGAAGCCACCGCUGCCGCCUCCCAGUCUUGGGCCCGCUCCGGAUCCCGGAGACGCUUCUUUUGACUUCAGUAGCCUCGCAAUAAUACUCAAUAAUAGGAGGGUCCAACCACUGCUUGUCCCUCACCCAAGUAUCCGUUCUCCGCUCGCCCCCCAAAAAGGCACAGAUGAGGAGAUGAAUGCGGAUAUGGAGCGCAUCAAUUCCCUGUCGGUGGAACUUAGCUCGUCAUGGUGGAUUGCCAAUAUCUUGUGGUGUAUGGGCGAGGACGACACUUCUUUGGCUAGGACAAGUGCCAUGAUGAGGGAAGGCGUCUGCCCUCCAGAGGUGUUUCCAUAUUACGUGGACCCGAACACCAUGGAGAAAGUGGAAAAGUGCGAUUACGUAUCGGGGCCACUGGCCUUAUAUGUGCCAUUUCGCGUUGUCUACGGCAGCCCUGACCCAACGGAGAACACCUUUUGGGUUCCGAAGCUGAAGGGCGUGGAUGGGUCUGCGAUGAGGUUCAUGCGGCCGCCGUUUCCAGAAUAUUGCACACUAGACACACGAUUCGCUCCGGUUCCGGUUCUUCAGUCUACGGUCUUGCCAGAACGACAUGACAUAGGCCGUCCGGAACUCAAGCUCUGGGAUGGUAUCCCUGGGCGCACAUUCCGUUUACCGCCGUACUUCUGGCCAGAUGAACUGAGAGACAGUCACCUUGAUGGCGAAGACCGACCCUUCGCCGUUGAUAUACGUCGCAUCCCUGUAAAACGUCCAGCUGGCAACACACAGACCCAGCCCCAGCCACCGCAACCUUUCAGACCAACGCGACGUCUGAACACAGUUUAUCGAGACCGCACCAAGGUCCCUCAAAAUCCGCAGAGAAUAUACAAUCCGGGCACACAUACUCCAACACACAACAGUAGGCAAACCCACGGGCCAAAUCAACUGGGAGGCAAUGUGGAAGAAGAUGAUAAUUCCCCAAGCUUCCUCCAGGACGAGUUCGAAUAUGACCUACAGGGGGACGUAUGGGGUCCAAUCGGCGGAUUCGAAGGCCGGGACUAUGAAUCUGAGCGCCAAAAGGACCACGAUAGAUGGUACCGCUACUUCCUCAUCAACAACGAUCCCUGGGAUCGAACUAUCAUUGUCAAUGGCGUGCAAGUAAAGCCAGGUGCGGUUGCUGGGCCGCUCCCUGCAUUUGCCAUGCUUGAGCUUGAUGGCCAGGCAGCGUUUUGGUUCGGCGUUGGAGGCCGAAAUUAUGAUCCUAACACCGCGCCGCCCACUGAGAAGAGGGCGGCGGAGAACGAGGCUCCUGGAGAUGGAAACCGGGGCAAAGUUCAACGACUAAUACCCAGACCGUGGUCUCCGGGCCAAGAAACAGGAGGAACAUACCAGGCUUUUAUAACGAUAACUUUACCGACUGGAACCUCCCCGCUGCCGUCCCCUGCUACUGCUACGGCUGCGGUGUUUGAAAACUUGCAAAUUGGCCAGACUCAGAACCAGCCUCUUCGGAACCAGCCUGCUCAGAACCAGCCAGCUCAGAACCAGCCUGUUAAGAACCAACCUGUAGCGCCGGAGCCUUUUGGGGGCUUCAGGGCAGAUGCACCGGAGUUUGUACCGGGUUCUUCAGGCGGUCUAGUGGGGUUAGGAUUGCUAGGGUUGCGAGGAGGAGCAGGCACGGAAGAUGAUCUAGAUCCUGUGGGCAGUGGAGCUAGUGCGGCGCGACCUGCCGCCAAACGGCGGACUGAUCCGGCAACCGACGAGAACAUCGAGAAAGCGAUGGGAGAGGCGGCUCGCCAAAUGGCACUGGCACAUGCUGCGGCUGGUGCAUUAUUGGCAGGUGGCACUCCGCAACAGGAGAGUACUGGGACUCCGCAACAUAUCGGCAGUGGGACUACACAAAAUACCAGCACUGAGACUGCACAAAAUACCAGCACUGAGACUACAAAAAAUACCAGGGCUGCGACUACACAAAAUACCAGGGCUGCGAUUUCACAUCUUUUCAAUUUGAUUCCAUAUCAAUUCACUCCUGUGGCUCUACAGCCGAUGAAUACGAGGGCUCCACAAUAUAUGACUACUGAGACUCCGCCAUAUAUGAAUGCUGGGGCACUAGAGAGCCUGCUGGAGCGUUAUGGGAUCUGCGUCGACCCUUCGUGGGAUAAGGCAAGAUUGCUUAAUGAACUGUUAAAGGUAAAGAUACCACUUUACCAAUCCGCAGAGAGAGCUGACAACCAAACAGAAGUAGCCCAAGCCGAAAGAAAAGCUCGAGCUCGAGCUCGCGCAGAACGCAUGAUAUCUACUGUUUCGGAGAAUAGCGAGCUCGAGCAACGGCAUAUGUGCGAAGGCCUUGGUAUCAUUAUCAGCCCCGAAUGGAGUCCGGCGCGAAUAAGGGAGGAGAUUGCGAGGUUAUACGAGACGGCGUAUCAGGAAUUGAUGAGCAACAACAACGCAGCAACAGAAUAUGAGGCAGCUAUGGGGCUGCUGGUGGAUAAUAGCGAACCAAAGAAGCCUCCCGACGCAAUCAGUGUCCUCUUCUUUCUCGCGAGCAGAUAUAUGUAUCGACAAAGAAGCGGGGCCGGGCUCAAAGCCAUGUGUGAGAAAUACUGUAUCGACGUCAAUAGCACUUGGGAUUCGGAGAGGGUCAUCGUUGAGAUUCUACGAGCUGUGGAGUGGCAACGUCAGGUAGAAAUAGCCCGAGCGGCCGCCGACGAAACUUCGAUAUUAGCUAGUAUAGCUGCAAUCACCGCUAUUGAUGCCGAAACAGACCGCAUCCGAGCUAAAAUGGCCGAAAUGGUAAAGGUAGCGAAGGAAAAAGCAGGUCGAAUACUGAUCGACCUUACGGGUAGCCCAACGCGGGUUGACGGCCCGACUGUGAUUGACCUUACGGGUAGCCCAACGCGGGUUGACCUCAUACAUGGCCCGACGCCGACUGACCUUACGGGUAGCCCGUGA